AUGAGCAGCGCUGGACCGCCUCCCGCAAAGGCAUUCUCCUGCAUUCGGUGCUUUGAGCGCAAAGUCAAAUGCGACAAGCAGAGCCCAUGCACCAAUUGCGUCAAGUCAAAGGUCGAGUGUAUCUUUCGCAUUCCGCCAGCUCCCCGCCGCAGGAAGAAACGCACUCAAGAGGACCUGCUGCUUGCCCGACUCAAGAAAUGCGAAGAACUCCUCAAGAGCAAGGGCGUUGACAUCGACUCCGAGAUCGGUUCCACGGGGCCAGCUGCGUCAACAACACUUGGGAGUCCAUCAAGCUCGCAUCCUAUCACCUCCCCCCACCAACUGAGCCCUGACGCCGAAACCGUGCUCGCAAGGCAGCGCGAAAUCUUCCUUACCUACCCGCCCGAGCUCCGAAAAUCUGGUCAAUUGAUUGUGGAUCAAGGGAAAUCCCGCUUCAUUGAAAACCCUCUUUGGGCAAGUCUCUCUGACGAGUUUCGACAACCCAAUGAAGUUAUCGCCGAGUACUCCGAUGAUGAGGAUGAAGUCGGCUCUCUCAUUGAGGAGAGCACUGACUUUAUUCUCGGCUAUACCCCCUCGAGUAACCCAGUUCAACAUUUACAUCCCUCGCCAGCCAACAUCCUCAUUCUAUGGCAAAUGUUUUUGGACAACAUCAAUCCAAUGACCAAAUUGAUCCACCAACCAACCCUUCAUAAGACGUUGGUCCAAGCCUCGUCACAGCUCGAUAACCUACCGCGAGGUCUCGAGGCCUUGAUGUUUGCAAUAUACAGUUCAGCUCUCUAUUCGAUCGACGAUGACGAGUGUGAAAUGAAGCUCGGCGAGCCCCGAAAGAUUUUGCUCGCAAGAUACCGACAUGCGACCCGAAAAGCUCUUGCUAGGGCGAGGUUCAUGGCAACCUCGGAGCUGGUGGUUCUCCAGGCCUUCUUCCUCUACCUUUUGACCAUGCGCGAAGACUACGAUGCGCGAACCACUUGGACCUUGGCCGGAGUGGCUAGCCGUAUUGGGCAGGGCAUGGGACUUCAUCGAGAUGGAACGAAUCUGGGGGUCUCUCCAUUUGAGACGGAAAUGCGCCGACGUCUGUGGUGGCAAAUCACCACCUUGGAUUUUCGGUCGGCGGAACUCAGUGGCUCUGGCCGAUCCGGCGAGUUCUCCUUGUCUGAUACCCUGGUACCAAGCAAUGUCAACGACGAAGACAUUUACCCGGAGAUGAAGGAGCCGCCGAUCUCUCACACACGACCCACGGAGAUGAUCUCGUGCCUCUUGCGCUGCGAGCUGGGUAAUUAUUGGAAGGAGAAGUUCAGGCAGAGAUCGAAUGUCGCCCUUGAGGUUCUUCGAAUUGACUCGCCCUCUUCGACUUACCUCGAGGAGAGGGAUUCUUUCAUCAAUGAGCUGGAACAGCGCCUGGAGGAGAAGUUUCUGAGAUACUGCGAUCCUUCCAACCCCAUACAAUUCAUGGCCAUCAUAAUCGGGAGAGGGGCGAUCAACAGCAUGAGGCUCAUGGCCCACCAUCCCCGCAAAUGGCCAAACGGGAAAGAAAUCCCGGCCGCAGAAAAAGAGUAUCUGUGGAACGUCUCGAUGAGUCUCUUCGAAGGCGUCAAUUUGGCGCAUUCAUCCAAGCAACUGCGGAGGUUCAUGUGGCACACCCGAGUGUUCUUUGUGUGGCAGGCCUUCAUCUACAUUCUCAGUGAACUCAAAGAACGCACACUUGGCGACGACGUUGACAAGGCGUGGCAAGAGAUUGACGAGAUCUACCGGCAUCAUCCUCAAUUUGUGACGGAUUACAAGAAGCCUCUCCAUGUCGCAGUCGGGAGUCUGUGUCUCAAAGCCUACAGCGCAAGGGAAAAAGCGCUGCGCGAGACCACCAACGGCGUUUUCCCAAAGGUAAUACCAGAGUACAUCAAGCAGCUUCGUGAGCAGCGCGAAAGUGGACCCCUCAAGCGCGCAACGACGACCGCCGCCAGCUCGUCGACCAAGGCAGCCACGAAUGCCGACAGCGCAACUGCUGUUGGCACAGAAAGGAGCGACCAAUACUCGACGACUGAGACGGUGUGGGAAAACGCCCCGCUGUCGGAUCAGCCAACCAGCAACUACACUGCUCCUCAAUUCUCUGCAAGUGGGUUUUCCACCGGCGGCGCAGGCAUCCCGCAUCAGCUUCCGCUCCCGGCCUUCCAACCCAUCCCGACCCCGCUUGCGGGAGAUGGUGUUAUGCUGGCGCCGCCACCGAAUUUCUCUCAGGACCUGGACGUUGGGGAUAUGCCCAUGGACUGGGCACAGUGGGAUAUGAUCAUGCAGGACUUUGAUGGCCAGAUGACAUACCGUGGCUAG